AUGGGCCACCGAGCGCUGGGCCCCCUGCGGAGCCCCUGGAGCACUGCCGUCCUGGCAGCUGCCCUCCUGCUCUCCGGCCCCCCACCGGUGCGGGGCCAGGCCCCCCACUUCAGCAUCCACCAGGACCCCCCGGCCGCCUGGGCAGGGGGCAGCGUCUCCUUCACGCUGGAGCCGCCGGUGCCCAGCGAGGUCCUGUCCUGCUCCUGGCACCGGGCGCCCACCGCUGACAUCUCCUUCGAGAUCUUCAACUACUACAUCCAGCCGUCGCUGGGGCAGCAGAACGGGCUGGCGUACACCGGGCGGGAGACGGGCGCCACCGACUGCUCCAUGCACAUUGACCGCCUGUGGCUGAAUGACACCGGCACCUACACCGUGGGCCUGCGGCUCCCCGCCCCCACCCUUGCCAGCAUCAACCUGACCAUCCACGUCCCGCUGACGCAGCCAGCGGUGAUGCCGGACAAUGUGACGGUGGUGGAGAACGACACCAUCACCCUGACCUGCCGCAGCCCCCCUGGCACCCAGACAGUGGCCUGGCUGCACAAUGGGGCGACGGUGUCGGCCAGUGGCCGCCUGUCCCUGUCCCCAGACAACCGCACGCUGACAGUGUGGCUCGCGCAGCGGGGCGACGCUGGCGCCUAUGCGUGCCAGGUCAGCAACGCCAUCAGCACCAACCGCAGCGACAAUGCCACUGUCACCAUCGUCUGUGAGUCCCCCCCAGUGUCCCUGUCCCCCAUGCAUCCCCCCGUGCCCUGCGCCAUCCCCAUGUCUGUCCCCAUGUCCCGAGUGCCAUCUUUCUGUCUGUCCCCACAUCCCCAGUGCUGA